AUGGCUAGGAGCGCAGCUCAAUACGAUUACCUAAUAAAAUUGCUGAUCAUUGGAGACUCAGGUGUAGGAAAAACAUGCUUCCUACUCCGUUUUUCUGACGAUAACUUCACUGCAUCCCAUCUCACAACUAUCGGGAUUGAUUUCAAAUUAAAAACGAUAGAAAUUGAAGGCAAAACUAUAAAACUCCAAAUCUGGGACACCGCUGGCCAAGAGCGAUUUAGGACAAUCACCCAAACUUACUAUAAAGGUGCAAUGGGAAUCAUCCUUGCAUAUGACUGUACUGAUGAAAAAUCUUUCAAUAACAUCCGCAACUGGGUGCAACAAAUAAAAAUGCAUGCCAAUGAAAACGUCGCUAAAGUGCUUAUUGGAAAUAAAUGUGAUAGGCCUGAUAAGAAAAUUAGUACUGAGCAAGGAGAAGCUUUAGCAAGAGAGCUUGGAAUAAAGUUUUUUGAAGCCAGUGCCAAGACAAAUAUUAAUGUCAAUGAAACGUUUUAUCAUAUAGCCAAAGAGAUCAAGGAUAAGAGGUUAGGAGAAGCGUUAGGUACAACUGGGAAUAUUAGAGUUCAGAAGACUGCUGAACCUAAAGCCAAAAAAGGUUGUUGCGGGAAGUAA